GCACUGUCAGCAACAGUAGUUUAUGACUGCCAUACACAAUUGUUCAUAACGUGCUCGCCUGUGUCACCACAAACUUGCAGCUGAUGCUUUCCAUCAAAUCGUCUCGUCUCGCGCGCGUACAGCCUUUCUCGUUAGCACGCGCACCCAUCAUAACUCGUCGCGUUGCCUGCAUGGCUCAAGGAGCACAGGAGGCUGCUGCAAUUGUGCAGCGGCAGCUCGAACUGUACAACGCGCGCGACCUGGAGCCCUUCAUGCAGCUGUUCACAGACGACGUGUACGUGAGCGACGGGAUUACGGGAGCGGUGAUCGCAAGCAGCAAGGAGCAGCUCCGCCCCAGGUAUGUGGAGCGCUUCCGUGCUAGCCCUGUAAACUGCGAGCUGCUGGGUCGCCUCGUGUGCGGCAACGUGGUGGUGGACCGGGAGAUUAUCACGGGCCUGCCCGACGGCGGCGUGGCGGACUGCAUGGCCACCUACGUGUGCGACCUGACGGCGGGGCAGAUCAGCCGCAUCACCUUCGUGUGGAAGCCGCGGACGGAGGGCGUCAAGCUCUGAGUGCGGGUGGUUUCAGGGGUGGGGAAAUGGGGAGGCGGAGGAGGAGAAGGCCGAAUGGGGAGAGGAUGGGCUUGGGCUGGUGUGGGCGCGGGAGUAUGACUGCAGUGGCGGGUGUAGGAGUGUGCGGUGGAGCAUUGGUGCAGUGGUCGCAGCCGGCGGGGGGCACUAGCGUGGAUCGGAGCGUAUCAGUAGGAUGGUGCGUUAGGUAUUGGAGCAGUGGUGUUUGUCCCCAGUAUGUGGCUUUGGCUACUGCAAAUUGCUCGUGGGCGGCGGUGAGGCCCAAGUAUCGGGCAAGUGCAGCAGGGGCAGGACAUGGAAACUUGUUACAACCGAGUACGCUGUUGGGCCUCCCCUGAUUGCCUGAUUGAAGCAAUGGACAGCGUACCGUAUGCCCGCCCCGGCCUAUGUGCGGUGUUUGACAUGACGUGUCAAAUAUUGUAGGCGGCAUAUAGAUCGUAUCAUUGAAAUGCGUAAUCGUAUGUACUGCCCUCAGGUCCGCAUCAGCUCUACGCGCGAGCUCAUCUUUCACCUUGGCUAGUGACCCAGCAAGCAUCCUUCUCUAACUCAAUACCGUAAUUUGCCCGCAUCCUUGAAACCAAGGGAAAACUCCCCUGCUCAAAACUUCCGCCGUGCAGCAUUGCCCCAGUGGCAGCGGCGGAGACAGUCCUGGGAGUCACACAAGCAAACAGCGGCCACAGCCGCCGAUUUCACAGCUGGCUUCGAAAGUGCCACCACAGCAGCACUCUUGCUCCCAAGGACCCUUCAGCUGCCAACGCAAAUACAUACAAUCAAGGGUGUCGCCACGGCCCUAAGCUACGUGCUGCCGCCCUCCUACAUCUGAGUCGUCGCCCGUGCACACACGCACAAGCCUCAAACGCAACCAAACCCGAGCUAAGACAUAAUACGCAGGCUAUGUAAUACUAAUACAGUGCCCUCCACGGGUGGGACAUGCCCUACGGUGUAAUAGGGCCAUCCGUGGCUCUUGCCAACGCCGCGUCCCCACACGCCGUAGCAAUGUGUCAAGUUUGCGCCUAGGACAGACGAACACUCAGUUGGGGCUCGCGCUGUGACAGGGUCUAGCUCCUACGUCAAGAGACGUGUCCGCGGUGAAGAGCGCACACGGAGCCCUUAAACCCCCAACAAGGCAUGCGCCUCGAAGACAUCAACGGUGCCAUACGUGGCCAGUCCCACGCUUGUCUCCUCCGAAACACCUUCACACGUCUGAACAUGCAUCGUGUUGAACAGUCUGUCCCGCAGCGCUCGAAGCACGCUUGAAGAUGGACGCAGAUCCCCCCAGGCUCGCGGCCUGACGCGCGGCAAGCUCCAGUCCCCCCGCGUGCAUGCCCGCAAAUGCAGAUGCAUGUGCCAUGCAAGUUGGCCUUAGUACGCUCGCUUGCCGUCAGUCACUGGCCCCGCCGGUGUGCCGCGGCCGUUGCCGCGACCCUACAGCCCAACGC